AUGGUAUCUCUGCGUCCGAAAGGAAUCGUUUCAGCGCACCUGUGCUUGGCGGUGGUUAUCGCCUGGAUGUCAUUGAUGAGACCCGUGCUAUGUGACAGCGGCGUUUUACACCGGAGCGACGGGGAUCGUAUGCUUGACAGCCGCGGCGCUGUAGGCAUAGACGGGGUUGACGGAGUGUUCGGUCCGGGCUUGGGUGAUAAUGAUGGGGACGCGGGCGACGUGGAAUCCCCGCGCUUCAGGAGAGCACUAUCCCAAGAGAAAGUGUCCCUGCUCAGCAGCUCGUUCGUGCUCAAGGGGGAUGCUACUCACAACCAGGCGAUGGUGCACUGGACUGGGGAGAACAGCAGCGUCAUCCUCAUCCUGACCAAGUACUACCACGGUGACUCCAGCAAGGUUCUGGAGAGCUCCCUCUGGAGGUCUAGUGACUAUGGCACCACCUACAGCAAGCUCAACCUGAUGCCUGGGACAACUAUCGUGGUCUCUAACUUCUAUAUCUGCCCCAUCAACAAGAAAAAGGUGAUCCUGGUGAGCUCGUCCAUUAACGAGCGUGACCAGAUGCUGUUCAUUAGUACAGACGAGGGCUCCUCGUUCCAGCGACAGCCCCUCUCCUUCACCGCGGAGACCCUCCUCUUCCACCCCAAGGAGGAGGACAAGGUGCUAGCUUACUGCAAGGAGGGAAAGCUCUAUGUGUCCACGGAUUUGGGCCGGAAGUGGACUCUAAUGCAGGAACGAGUGACCAAGGACAGGAUAUAUUGGUCUGUGGCUGGCGUAGAUGUGGACCCUGACUUGGUGCAUAUGGAGAUGCAGGACACAAGUGGAGGGUACCUGUACGUAACCUGCCUGAUCCAGAACUGCUCAGACAAGAUGGUGACGGCUCAGUUCCUGGGGAAGAUCGACCACAACUCUCUCUCAGUCCAAGACGACUACAUCUUUGUCAAGGUGACCACAGGAAACCGCACCAAGCACUACGUGUCAUACCGACGGAAUGAGUUUGUCCAGAUGAGGUUCCCGAAAUACGCCCUACCAAAGGACGUCCACAUAGUGAGUACGGAUGAGAGCCAGGUGUUCCUGGCUCUGCAGGAGUGGUACCAGACGGACACCUACAACCUGUACCAGUCGGACCCGCAGGGCGUCUACUACUCCAUCGUGCUGGAGAACGUCCGCAGCACCAAGCAGCCUGAGGAGAGCGUCCUUAUAGACAUACUGGAGGUCCGCGGGGUCAAAGGCGUCUUCCUGGCCAAUCAGAAGGUGGAUGGCAAAGUGAUGACUCUCAUUACCUAUAACAAAGGCCGAGACUGGGAACCCCUUUCCCCGCCUACCACUGACAUGAACGGCAAGCCGGUAACCUGCCAAUCACCUGACUGUCACCUCCACCUCCACCUGCGCUGGGCUGACAACCCUUACGUAUCAGGGACCGUUCACACCAAAGACUCCGCCCCCGGACUCAUCAUGGGUGCAGGUAACCUGGGUUCCCAACUGGUGGAGUAUAAAGAAGAGAUGUACAUCACCUCUGACUGUGGGAAGACUUGGAGACAGGUGUUUGAGGAAGAGCAUCACAUCCUGUACCUGGACCACGGAGGGGUCAUUGUUGCCAUCAAAGACACCUCCAUCCCCCUCAAAAUACUCAAGUUCAGUAUCGAUGAGGGAAGGACCUGGAUCAUCCACAACUUCACCAGCACCUCGGUUUUCGUUGAUGGACUUCUGAGCGAACCGGGAGAUGAGACACUGGUCAUGACGGUGUUUGGUCACAUCAGUUACCGGUCAGACUGGGAGCUUGUCAAGGUGGACUUCAGACAGUCAUUCCCCAGACAGUGUACCGAGGCCGACUACGACUCCUGGAAACUCACUGACCUGAAGGGAGAGAAGUGCAUCAUGGGUCAGGAGAGGAGUUUCAGGAAGAGGAAGGACACCGCAUUCUGCAUCAAGGGGAUGAGCUACACCUCCGCCCUCACUACCAAGACCUGCCAGUGCUCCGAGAAAGACUUCAACUGUGACUAUGGGUUUGAGCGUGCCCAGAGCCUGAAGACCGAGGGAGAUAGAUGCUUUGCUGACUUCUGGCAUGACCCAGACUCGCCGCCUGACGACUGCCAUCUGGGACACGACUUUGAGUCCAGCACAGGGUACAGGAAGGUUGUGUCCAACAUGUGUGAGGGGGGAGUGAACAAGCAGCAGAGCGCCAAGCAGCACACCUGUCCUCUGCUGCCUCCCAGAGGCCUCCAGCUGGGUAUAAAGGGGCAGAUGCUGGCUAUGGCGCCUGGUGAUGACAUCACCUUCAUCGUCCACCAGGAACAGGGUGACACCAGCAACACUAAGUACCAGGUGGACCUGGGUGACGGGGUGAGGGCCAUCUACCAGAACCUGACGGUGACAGACGAGCCCAUCCAGCAUCGCUACGAACAGCUGGGGGUCUACCGUGUCACCGUCAAGGCCGAGAACAUGGCCGGACACGACCAGGCCACCAUGUACAUCCAGGUCACAGCCCCUCUACAGGAAGUUCACCUGGAAGUAGUUCCCAUUGCCGGGGUUAACCAGGAAGUCAACCUGACAGCUGUGGUGCUUCCUUCAGAGGCCAACCUGACUGUCUUCUACUGGUGGAUAGGAGACAACCUACAGCCCAAGCUGUCCCUGGAGAAUAGUCUGAUAACGCGGUUCCCUGAGGAAGGAGAGGUGUCUGUCACUGUCCAGGCCUCUAAUGGACGCUCCAUGGUGCAGGACACCAAGACAGUCCGCAUCUACGACCUUUUCCAGGUCAUCCCUCUGGCCUUCAGCAGUAACCUGGACCUCCUCAACCCCAACAUCCCAGAGUGGAGGGAGGACGUGGGUCAGGUGGUCACCAGGAUUCUGGCCAAGAUCACAGGUAUCCCCCAGGAGUCCCUGGUAACCAUGGUGAAGCCGGGCCUGCCCACCACAGCCGAGCUAUACAUUCUCCCACCAGAGAGCAAGCCUGCUAAGAGGAGUGUAUUUGUGGAUAAGCGUAUUCCUGCCAUUAAGCAGGCCUUCAAUGAGAACAACGUUAGCUUCAUCGUACGAGGAGGUCUACAGGUGUUGGUGACCUUAGCUGACCCUAACGCAGGUUCUCAGGGUGGAGUGGCAGGACCAGGUGUCUGGGCUCUGGUUGUCAUCUUCCUCAUCAGCGUCAUCGCUACUGGAUCCUUCAUCCUCUACAAGUUCAAGAGAAAGCUGCCUGGCCGGAAUGUGUACGCCCAGAUGCACAAUGAGAAGGAGCAGGAGAUGACCAGCCCUGUCAAUCACAGCGAGGACACGCAGCACAUCAUCCAAGGUAACCACUCGGGCGUGGUGCUGAGCAUCAACUCCAGAGAGCUGCACAGCUACCUGACCAGCUGAUGGCUGAACACGGACACACUAACCAGCUAGCCAUGCUAAAGAGCUAGCCAUGCUAACGAGCACAGGGAACUCUACUCUGCCUUCCUUCUCUGUCUCUCUGUCUGACCAACCAAUCCACCACUCCCCUUACAGAGGAAGAGAAACCACCAUAGUACUACGGUCUAGCAGUACUCUCUCUCUCUCUCCUCUUCCUCUCCAUGGCCCCUCGCUCCCUUGUUACGGCUCUCGCUCUUCCCACUGGACCAGAGGGACACUUACUGUAUCCUCCGUUCUGCUUCUCCCUCAAUCCCUCUAUCCAUCCCUCCACUGCGUUACUGUAACAUCAGGGGUGUGGGCCAACUCUGCUUUUUAGUGUUCUUUGCACCCAGUGUCGUUUGCACCCUGUGUCGUGUUUGCUCGGUGUGUUCUCAUUGGUUAAACCCCGCAGAGACUGAUUGGACGCCACCCAGUGAGGAUGGACAGUUCUGGUGACAUCACAGAGAGGACGCCCCACCCACUGGCCUGCAAUUUAAAACGCUCUGUACUGUAAGACUCAUCUUUUCACUGACUGUUUUUACACACUAGGUAGUUCCCAGAUAUCAUAGUACACUAGUAGAAGAAGGAUAGCGGGGUACACAAUAUGACCAAAACAGAGCCAUGCAAUGACCAGGCCAUAGCCGUGAAAAGUACUCUCACACACAGUUUGGGUGCUGUGGUUUAGUAGUGGAGAAAAGAGCGGUAAAUAUGUUAAUAGCUUUGUUACAACUCUGGGGGAUCCUACAAAAUGAAGAGAAGGUUUUUAGGAGAAACUUUUUUCUUUUUUUUAACUAUCCCAUAAUUUAUAAUUGACGCCAUCUCUGUUUUUCUCUCUCACUUAAAUGCAAUAAUACUCUUUCUCAGGAAAGAAUUAGAUGAAAUGCCCCCUUUAAAUCUGCAGGGUUGUUAUGAAGGAUAGGGUGUUGAAAGGGAGCAGUCUGAACCAAUAAUGUACAUAAACCCUGGAUUGCUGGUGUAAUGUAUUGGCCAUUGAGAGGCUUUGAAGCCACCGGUCGGCCAUAUUGGCACUC